AAUAAAUUAUUAAAUGAUUAUGAAUCAUCUCAAAUAUUAUUAAAUGAAACUUCAGAAGAAGUAAAUAAAGAAGAUGAAGAAGUAUUAACACAAAAUAUUGAUAUAAAAAAUAAUACUCAAUAUUCAAUAAGUGUACGCAAAAUAGAAGAUUUAUGCAAGACUCCAAAAAAAAAUGUUGCAUUAAGAGAUUUAGAAGAGAUAAAUAACAUUAAAAUAGAGAAUAUAGAUUGCUCUCAAAAUUUUAAUGUAGAGACAUAUUCAGAAGAAUUAAUUUCAAAAAAUAUUAAUUUUUUAUCAGAAACAUUAGCAACAUGUAAAAGUGAAUAUUUCCAUAAUGAGAAUAUAUCUGAUAAAAAGAUAAAAAAAAAAUCUAGCAAUGAUUAUAAUCAAUUAUCCAAUAUGAUUAAAUCUGAAUUAUGUUAUAAUGAAGUAAAUGAUCUAGAAGCUAUUGACAUGUUACAUGAUUUUAAUUCCAUAAUGGACUUUGAAGAAAAUAAAAUAAAUACAGAAUUUUUUUGUUCAACAAUGAAUGAUCAUGUACAAAUUGAACAAACUACAGAAACAUCCCAAGAUCCAGAAUUUGAUCCUCUUUUUAUUGCAAAUGAAAAUUCUAAUGAAAUUCCAGAAAGUAUAACAAGUCAAAAAAUAAAACGCAAACGUAUACUUAGUCCAAAAAUACAAAAAAAAAAGUGUCCCAAUAAUAUAAAAAAAGAGAAUGAUGUGGAAAAUGAUUUUAUAAACGAUAUCUUAGGAGAACUAGACAUUGAAUUAUCAUCAGAAAAAGAGGAAAAUGCUGAUGAAUUAGAUGAAUUCCCUAAGGAUGCAUUAAAAAGACUAUAUAAUUUAGUAAAAUUAAUGCAUGAAGUACCAGCUCAACAUAAAAUUGAACAUACAGCAGGUACAAAACCAUUAACAAAAAAAGAGAAAAAACUCUUUUUAGAACAUGGACCAUUAAAAAGUGGUGUAUUUACCCCUAAUGAAGAUAAAAUUAUUAAAGAUAAUUGGAAAGCAUUUUGUGAAACUCAUAACUGGAAUUCUGAAAAUGUAAAACCAUUUCUUCAAAUGAAAAAUAAAAAUAAAUUUUAUAUAAGAACCAUGGAAGAAAGACAAAAAUUUUCUCAAUUUUUAGCCAAUGGAUUACCAUGGAGAUCAUUAUAUAGUGUUUAUCAUAGAUUUAAAUACUUGUAUAAAAAGCAAACAAAAAAUUUUCAAAGAUAUACAUUAACUGAAGAUAAGAAAAUUUUAUCUUGUAUGGAGAAUAAACAAAAUGAAAAAAAACCACAUAAAAAUUUGCUAAAAUUAAGUAAAAUAUUAAAUCGUUCACAACAUUCAAUUUGGUUACGUUAUAAAUUGCUUACAGAACAGAUGCAAGAUAAUAAAAAAUCAACAUCUGAAGUAAAAUGGACAUUAUCAUUAAUUGGCAAAUUUAUAAAAACUUUUAUGCAUGUAACAUUAUGUGAAACAGUGGAAGAUUUAAAAGAUGCUAUUAUUCCAAAACCUGUUUGGCAAAAAUUAGAAGGAAAAUUAAAUAUAAAUUAUGAAAUACUAAAAAAAUUUUGGAUACAUCAAUUACAUAUGCAAUUAUUUUGUCCAGAACCUAUUUAUUUAAAUGAUAUAAAAAUAAAAUUAAUUGAAUACAUAUAUGGAAAAGGAAUUUCAGAUACUCGAGAAAUUAUCUGGUCAAAUGUUGCAAAAUAUUUUGAUGGAAUUACUACUAUCUUUUUAUGUAGAACAUUUCUUUAUCUAGUCCAAAAUGCUUCCAUACAAAUAGGUACAAAAUAUUUUCCUGACAUUGUGGAUUAUUUAUAUCAUGAAAAAAUACAAAAUAUAAGAAAUGAAUCAAUGGAUAAAUUUCUUCCUAGACUAUCUUAUAAAGACGGUAAAGUUAAAAUUAUAAAUGAAGACUUGAAUGAAGAUAUCAAUAUAUAAUAAAUGAAUAUUACACAAAGAUUUUCAAUAUGAUAAUAGAAUUUAAAAUAAAAAAUUUUUGUAAUAUUUAUAUUUAUUUUUAAAACAGAAUUAAAAGGAAUUGUAAUUUAUUGAA